AUGAAAUUUUAUGCCACAUGUCAAUAUAAAUGUGGUGCUGACAACAACUUACAACCAACUGCAUCGACUGCCACAACCACUCAGCAGUGCACUCUCCACAAUUGUCAUUUGGGCCAUGAGAUAAUGGCCACUGGUGACAGUGGUGACCAGCCAGCGGACAAUACAACGACAAACUCACCCUCCUCCCUGUACAGUAGUAGCUGCCCCCAAUUGACGCAAUAUCGUAGUUUGCCCAGAAACCUCUAUAGUGCAAUUAGGAAACCAUUGACAUUAUACGGCAGCGGCAACGGGAACGACGGCGACAGCACGCAACACCAGCUACAGCAACAAUCACUGCUCUGUGGUGGCACCCAACCAACAACGUUACGCACCAGUUCGGAACAGGAACUAAGAAGAUCAUCGGCAUUCGAUAAGGGUCAUCGCCGACAAUUAUUAGCCAAUAAAAAGCUCAUCCUGUGCAACAAAUCACCUCCAGCAGCAGCCGAAACAGAAAAAGUAGAAGAGAUACCACCACUGUUGCCACCAAAAAAAUUUGCCAAUCCUGAAUUGCCGACAAAAAAGAAAUCGUCAACGGCCGCUGACCACAUUCAGACGGUGUCCAGUGCCACGGCUGCGGCUUUCCAAACCGAAAGGAUUCUAUGUGAAAAUUGCCGUUUCAAUGAUCAGCCGGUGGUUUGGUGGGUAUCGUGUCCUCGUCUAGCCCACCAACAACAAGGUUCCACACAAAGUCUCAAGGAGUAUACCAAUACCACGGCACAAUUCCUAGCAAUGCAACAGCAACAACAACCACUAAAUGCCAAUGUAAAUGUAAAUCACAACCACAUGAGUGUCACUACCAAUACAGCAACAAUGCUGCCCAAACCUGUCCUCAAACCCUCCUCAACGACAGGUGUCAUCCCAUCAUCCUCGGCUGGCAUUCCAAAUCCUGGCCAACAAUCUGUCAUGGCAAAUCAAUCGUAUUCCAAAGCCACUAUUACCACUGCCAGCGCCGCCGCCAACACAUUAAAUACCAAUGCCUCGACCAUUGCCAGCACAGCAACGCCAUCACCUCCACCACCUCCCGUUAUAAGGCCACAUCAUCAUCGUUCGAUAAGCGGAUUGUCAGGAUUAGAUCUUUAUGAUAAUUAUGGUGUUGGCGGUGGUGGCAGUUCUACACAUGUCCCCAGCUCCAACUAUGGUUCCACAUGUCGACGACAUACCAAACAACAACAACAGCUACUAACACAGCAACAACAAUAUCACACACAUCAUCCGCAUCCACAGCAACAUCUGCUUCCCAGCCAUCAGCAGCACCAGCAACAACAAUACUCUACAUGUUGUAGUUCCUAUAAUAUAGACCAUAAAAUGCAGACACCCUCUUGCAUGUGUGGCAAAUUAUAUCAUCAACAGGUUACUAGAGCACCAAGGGAAACACUGGCGCCACCACCAUCGCAUCAUCAUGUUGGCAUGCAUGCUGCAACGGCUGGUGCGGCAGCAGCAGCAGCGAACACCAAUCGGGGUUGUAAUCAUAAUCUGUAUUAUGGUCCCGACAGCUGUGUCCAUCAAUUUGAAGAUCAAGAUUCAGGUUUUCCUGGCCUACGGGAUCAGGAAUUUUAUCUACUACAUCGUAAUAUACCAGCUUUAAGGCGUACGGGUGUCGAUACGACCGGGAUACGUCAACAUUUCUAUCCGGAUGGUGGUUGGGGUUGGAUCAUUUGUGGCAUGUCCUUUUUGAUACAUAUCCUGACGACGGGUCUACAAUUAUCCUAUGGUCUGACAUUGUUCUAUGCGGUGCAUCAUAUACGAAAUGCCAGUGGGAAUGAAUGGCUUGGUGCUUUAAGUUGGUCAAUAUCCAUGCUGGUUGCCCCAUUUGUGGAAACACUGUGUCGCCGUAAAUCAACACGACUGCUGGCUGUGGUUGGUGGCCUCGUCCUCUCCCUUGGCAUAUUGUUUACCUCAUUUGCCACAGAAGUUGACCAAGUAAUAUUCAGCUAUGGUUUUGUCUUUGGCAUCGGUGUAUCGAUGGUGCGAGAGACUUCCACUAUAAUGUUGGGUAAUUAUUUUAAAAAGCGGCGAUUAUUUGUGGAAAUGGUGGCGAUGUCAGGUGAAGGUGUGGGUAUAGCUUUAUUUUCGGUGCUGCUUAAAGAGGGGGUGGGAAAAAUGGGUUGGCGUAGUGGUUUACAAAUUGUGGCGGCCUUAACAUCAAUUAGUUUUUUUGUGGGCCUGCUGUAUAGGCCAGCUUCGUUAUAUCAUCCGCAGCGUAGAGCCAUACAACAUUUGAAGAAUCAAAGGAAGAAGCUACGUGAUCACAAGACCAAUAAUAUCCCUGCGGAACCCAAUAUUAUAAAGAAAAUCAUACAAGACAUAUCAAAUCUAAAAUCGGGUACUGUGAAAAUUUUAUUAUUAACAUCGGCGGUGGCUGCCUUGGGUAUUUACACACCCAUGUUUACCAUGUCCCUAAAUGCCGCCAAGGAGGGUUCCGAUGUCCAGGAACUGGUAUUACUGCAAACCAUGCUGGGCAUGUCCACCACCCUGGGCGUGGUUUUGGCUGGCGUGCUGAUACGAAGGCCAUUUGUGGUGCAGAAUUUUGUCAUAUCCACACCGAUUAUAUCACAGGUCUUCCUUGCGGCAGUGGCCCUUUCGAUACUCUUCAUGUCCUUUAUGAUGGGCUAUAAAAGCCUUUGCAUCCUGUCAGGCAUCUAUGGCGUGGGUUUUGGUGGCUUCCGCUUCUCACUGAAAAUGUUGGUGCUGGAAAAGGUGAAAUUGAAAUUUUCCAAAACCUGGUCAUUUAUCCGUGGCAUUGAGGCCAUUCCUGUAUUGAUCAGUGUUCCGCUGACAAUUUUCCUCAAUGAUUAUUCACCGAAAUAUGGCCGAGCGGGUUAUUACAUCUGUUCGGCGGCAGCAGCAAUUGCAGCCAUUAUCAUUUUCUUCAUUGGCUACUCCUCCUAUAGCCAUCAAAAUCCCUCACAACGUUCCCAGGAAAAUGGCAGUAUUGUACCCGCCGCUCCUCGCUUGCGUUCUAUGUCCACCCAAUAUGUGCGAAAUAAAUAUCAACCUGCCUUUACGGUGGACUAUCCGAAAAGCAAUGGCUGUGAUUAUCCGGCUCCUGACCUAUUAAAUCGUAGCUGUAUAAGUCUAAAUCAAUUGGGUGAGAGUGCUUCGUGUCUGUGUGGCCCCGUGAGAAAUAUGUGUAAUUAUCAUACGCCGCUGCAUCAGCGGAGACAUUGUGGAGCCUUGGCCAAUUUGCCGCAGAAUCAAUUACAGCAUCAUCACAUGGCGGCGGGUGGUGGCGGUGACUUGGAUGAUCACCAUCAUCAUCGUUAUCCCUAUGUCUAUGACAAUGGCACAGGGAGUUAUUUAAGGCGUAGCCUAUCCUUUAUCCAAAAUGCCAAUUGUUGUGGUGCUAAUCAGUUCCAGCUGCAGUGUCAGGCCAAUGUCCAGUGGUCCCACAGGGAUUUGAGAAUGGAUUCCACCCAGCCCCUGCUCUGCACCUGCAGUCCCUCAAGCUAUUUCAGCAACUGUAAAAGUCAAAGUGUACCCGAAGGCCUCUCGACCAUGUCCCAGCAGUGUAAAUGUAAACCUACCAGCCAGCCCUCUCGAGAAUAUAUUUAUGUACCACGUCAUCAUCAGCAAGCUCUACUGCCGCCAUCAUCUCAUAAUUUACAAUCAACAUCAAAUCACAAUUGUUCCUGUCACAAUCUGCAAAAAUUGGCACAAAGUUCCGGUAAUUCGAAUUUAGUUGGCAGCAAAUUGUCAUCCACAGGACCAGCGGCACACCAGUCAGCAACAAUGCCGAAAUGUAAAUUAAAACGUUCACAAUCGCUAUCGAGACCAAUGACCUAUGUGGAGCAAAUGACAACCUCUGUUUAA